AUGCCUACAGAACAGAUUGACAAAGAUGAGUUUCCUGUUGGGACAUCUUUGAAGUAUAAAUGCCGCCUUGGUUACUACAGAAGAGUGUUCUCUAUCACCUGCCUGCAAAACUCUGUCUGGUCAAGCCCUGCAAACUACUGUAGGCGUAAAUCAUGUGGAUCUCUUCCAGACCUCAUAAAUGGCAAAAUGGACAUCAACAAAGACACCCAGUUUGGAUCAACUGUCAAUUAUUUUUGUAAUGAAGGAUACCGACUCAUUGGUAAAUCCUCUGCUGCAUGCAUCAUCUCUGGCAACUCUGUCACCUGGGAUAAUGACCCACCUAUUUGUGAGAGGAUUCCUUGUGGGCCACCCCCAGCCAUCGCCAAUGGAGAUUUCAUUAGCACUGACAGAGAAUACUUUCAAUACGGAACAGUGGUGACCUAUCGCUGCAGUCUUGGAGAGAGAAGGCAGAAGCUGUUUGACCUCGUGGGUGAGCCGUCAAUAUAUUGCACCAGUGAAGACAAUCAAGUUGGCAUCUGGAGUGGCCCUCCCCCUCAGUGCAUUGCACCUAAUAAAUGCACGCCUCCAGUCAUUGAAAAUGGAAUAAGGAUGUCUGAGAACAAAAGCUUAUUUUCUUUACGUGAAAGCAUGAGGUUUAGGUGUCAGCCCGGCUUUGCCAUGAAAGGACCCUCCACUGUUGAAUGCCAGGCCCAAAACAAGUGGGGGCCGGAGUUGCCCAGCUGCUCCAGGGUAUGUCAGCCACCUCCAAAAGUCCCGCAUGGUAAACACACCCCAAGCCACAGGAACAACUUUUCUUCUGGGCAGGAAGUGUUCUACAGCUGUGAGCCUGGCUAUGAUCUCAGAGGGGCUGCUUCUCUGCAUUGUACGCCCCAGGGAGACUGGAGCCCGUCAGCCCCCAAAUGUGCAGGUGCCUAUACUGUCAUCUUAUUCCAGUUAAAAGGCAGUUCUGCUAGUUACUGUGUCUUGGUUGGAAUGGAAAGCCUUUGGAACAGCAGCAUUCCUGUGUGUGAACAAAUCUUGUGUCCAAAUCCUCCUGAUAUCCUUAAUGGGAGACACACAGGCAAACCUCUGGAAGUCUUUCCUUUUGGAAAAGAAGUCACUUACACAUGUGACCCGCACCCAGAGAGAGGGAUGAUCUUCAGCCUCACUGGGGAGAGCACCAUCCGCUGUACCAGUGACAGUCAAGGGAACGGAAUUUGGAGCAGCCCUGCCCCUCGCUGUGGACCUCCAGGUUACUGCGUGCUACCCCACAUUCCAAAUGGAUUCAGAAUAUCUAAACCAGACUCUCCAAGUUUCCGUCACUGUAACACCCCAGAUCACUUUCAAUUUGCCAAGUUGAAACUCCAGACCAAUGAAUCUGAGUUUCCCAUUGGGACAUCUUUAAAGUAUGAAUGCCGCCCUGGGUACCACAGGAAGUCAUUCUCUAUCACGUGUCUACAAAACCUCACGUGGUCAAGUGCCAAAGAUGUCUGUAAACGUAAAUCAUGUAAUACUCCUCCAGAUCCUGUGAACGGUGUGGUGCACAUAGAUACAGACACCCAGUUCGGAUCCAGAAUCAUUUUUUCUUGUAAUAGAGGGUAUCAACUCAUUGGUCACUCAGCUGCUGAAUGUAUUAUCUCAGGCAAUACUGUCUUCUGGGAUUCAGAGCCACCAAUUUGUGAACGCAUUCCUUGUGGGCCACCCCCGGCCAUCGCCAAUGGAGAUUUCAUUAGCACCGACAGAGAAUACUUUCAAUAUGGAACAGUGGUGACCUAUCGCUGCAAUCUUGGAGAGAGAAGGCAGAAGCUGUUUGACCUCGUGGGUGAGCCGUCAAUAUAUUGCACCAGUGAAGACAACCAAGUUGGCAUCUGGAGUGGCCCUCCCCCUCAGUGCAUUGCACCUAAUAAAUGCACGCCUCCAGUCAUUGAAAAUGGAAUAAGGAUGUCUGAGAACAAAAGCUUAUUUUCUUUACGUGAAAGCGUGAGGUUUAGGUGUCAGCCCGGCUUUGCCAUGAAAGGACCCUCCACUGUUGAAUGCCAGGCCCAAAACAAGUGGGGGCCGGAGUUGCCCAGCUGCUCCAGGGUAUGUCAGCCACCUCCAAAAGUCCCGCAUGGUAAACACACCCCAAGCCACAGGAACAACUUUUCUUCUGGGCAGGAAGUGUUCUACAGCUGUGAGCCUGGCUAUGAUCUCAGAGGGGCUGCUUCUCUGCAUUGUACGCCCCAGGGAGACUGGAGCCCGUCAGCCCCCAAAUGUGCAGGUGCCUAUACUGUCAUCUUAUUCCAGUUAAAAGGCAGUUCUGCUAGUUACUGUGUCUUGGUUGGAAUGGAAAGCCUUUGGAACAGCAGCAUUCCUGUGUGUGAACAAAUCUUGUGUCCAAAUCCUCCUGAUAUCCUUAAUGGGAGACACACAGGCAAACCUCUGGAAGUCUUUCCUUUUGGAAAAGAAGUCACUUACACAUGUGACCCGCACCCAGAGAGAGGGAUGAUCUUCAGCCUCACUGGGGAGAGCACCAUCCGCUGUACCAGUGACAGUCAAGGGAACGGAAUUUGGAGCAGCCCCGCCCCUCGCUGUGGACCUCCAGGUUACUGCGCGCUACCCCACAUUCCAAAUGGAUUCAGAAUAUCUAUACCAGACUCUCCAAGUUUCCGUCACUGUGACACCCCAGAUCACUUUCAAUUUGCCAAGUUGAAACUCCAGACCAAUGAAUCUGAGUUUCCCAUUGGGACAUCUUUAAAGUAUGAAUGCCGCCCUGGGUACCACAGGAAGUCAUUCUCUAUCACGUGUCUACAAAACCUCACGUGGUCAAGUGCCAAAGAUGUCUGUAAACGUAAAUCAUGUAAUACUCCUCCAGAUCCUGUGAACGGUGUGGUGCACAUAGAUACAGACACCCAGUUCGGAUCCAGAAUCAUUUUUUCUUGUAAUAGAGGGUAUCAACUCAUUGGUCACUCAGCUGCUGAAUGUAUUAUCUCAGGCAAUACUGUCUUCUGGGAUUCAGAGCCACCAAUUUGUGAACGCAUUCCUUGUGGGCCACCCCCGGCCAUCGCCAAUGGAGAUUUCAUUAGCACCGACAGAGAAUACUUUCAAUAUGGAACAGUGGUGACCUAUCGCUGCAAUCUUGGAGAGAGAAGGCAGAAGCUGUUUGACCUCGUGGGUGAGCCGUCAAUAUAUUGCACCAGUGAAGACAACCAAGUUGGCAUCUGGAGUGGCCCUCCCCCUCAGUGCAUUGCACCUAAUAAAUGCACGCCUCCAGUCAUUGAAAAUGGAAUAAGGAUGUCUGAGAACAAAAGCUUAUUUUCUUUACGUGAAAGCGUGAGGUUUAGGUGUCAGCCCGGCUUUGCCAUGAAAGGACCCUCCACUGUUGAAUGCCAGGCCCAAAACAAGUGGGGGCCGGAGUUGCCCAGCUGCUCCAGGGUAUGUCAGCCACCUCCAAAAGUCCCGCAUGGUAAACACACCCCAAGCCACAGGAACAACUUUUCUUCUGGGCAGGAAGUGUUCUACAGCUGUGAGCCUGGCUAUGAUCUCAGAGGGGCUGCUUCUCUGCAUUGUACGCCCCAGGGAGACUGGAGCCCGUCAGCCCCCAAAUGUGCAGGUGCCUAUACUGUCAUCUUAUUCCAGUUAAAAGGCAGUUCUGCUAGUUACUGUGUCUUGGUUGGAAUGGAAAGCCUUUGGAACAGCAGCAUUCCUGUGUGUGAACAAAUCUUGUGUCCAAAUCCUCCUGAUAUCCUUAAUGGGAGACACACAGGCAAACCUCUGGAAGUCUUUCCUUUUGGAAAAGAAGUCACUUACACAUGUGACCCGCACCCAGAGAGAGGGAUGAUCUUCAGCCUCACUGGGGAGAGCACCAUCCGCUGUACCAGUGACAGUCAAGGGAACGGAAUUUGGAGCAGCCCCGCCCCUCGCUGUGGACCUCCAGGUUACUGCGCGCUACCCCACAUUCCAAAUGGAUUCAGAAUAUCUAUACCAGACUCUCCAAGUUUCCGUCACUGUGACACCCCAGAUCACUUUCAAUUUGCCAAGUUGAAACUCCAGACCAAUGAAUCUGAGUUUCCCAUUGGGACAUCUUUAAAGUAUGAAUGCCGCCCUGGGUACCACAGGAAGUCAUUCUCUAUCACGUGUCUACAAAACCUCACGUGGUCAAGUGCCAAAGAUGUCUGUAAACGUAAAUCAUGUAAUACUCCUCCAGAUCCUGUGAACGGUGUGGUGCACAUAGAUACAGACACCCAGUUCGGAUCCAGAAUCAUUUUUUCUUGUAAUAGAGGGUAUCAACUCAUUGGUCACUCAGCUGCUGAAUGUAUUAUCUCAGGCAAUACUGUCUUCUGGGAUUCAGAGCCACCAAUUUGUGAACGCAUUCCUUGUGGGCCACCCCCGGCCAUCGCCAAUGGAGAUUUCAUUAGCACCGACAGAGAAUACUUUCAAUAUGGAACAGUGGUGACCUAUCGCUGCAAUCUUGGAGAGAGAAGGCAGAAGCUGUUUGACCUCGUGGGUGAGCCGUCAAUAUAUUGCACCAGUGAAGACAACCAAGUUGGCAUCUGGAGUGGCCCUCCCCCUCAGUGCAUUGCACCUAAUAAAUGCACGCCUCCAGUCAUUGAAAAUGGAAUAAGGAUGUCUGAGAACAAAAGCUUAUUUUCUUUACGUGAAAGCGUGAGGUUUAGGUGUCAGCCCGGCUUUGCCAUGAAAGGACCCUCCACUGUUGAAUGCCAGGCCCAAAACAAGUGGGGGCCGGAGUUGCCCAGCUGCUCCAGGGUAUGUCAGCCACCUCCAGAAGUCCUGCAUGGUAAACACACUCCAAGCCAUAAGAACAACUUUUCCUCUGGGCAGGAAGUGUUCUACAGCUGUAGGCCUGGCUAUGAUCUCAGUGGGGCUGCUUCUCUGCACUGUAGGCCCCAGGGAGACUGGAGCCCGGAAGCUCCCAGAUGUGCAGUGAAAUCAUGUGCUGACUUCCUGGACCAACUUCCUAAUGGACAUGUGCUCUUUCCACUUAAUUUCCACCUUGGGGCAAAAGUGUCCUUCAUUUGUGAUGAGGGGUUCCAGUUAAAGGGAAGCUCAGCCAGUUACUGUAUCUUGGUUGGAAUGAAAAGCCUUUGGAAUAACAGUGUUCCUGUGUGUGAACGAAAAUCAUGUGGAAAACCUCCAGAACCCUUCAAUGGCAUGGUUUAUAUAAACACAGAUACGCAGUUUGGAUCAACAGUUAAUUAUUCAUGUAAUAAAGGGUAUCGACUCAUUGGUUCCCCUUCUGCUACUUGUCUCCUCUCAGGCAUUGAUGUCACUUGGGAUAAAAAGGCACCUAUUUGUGAGAAAGUAAAGUGUAGCCUCCCACAGAUUAUGAAUGGAAUCAAGAAGGAACUGAAAAUAAGAAAAGUAUAUCACUCUGGAGAUAAUGUAACUUUGGAGUGUGAAGAUGGGUAUACUCUGGAAGGCAGUCCCUGGAGUCAGUGCCAGGAAGAUGACCUGUGGGACCCUCCUCUGGCCAUAUGUACCUCUCGCACGAGUGAUGAGCUCAUAGCUGUCCAGCUUUCCGGAAAAGGGACAGUGAUGACCGCACCGGCCCUUGAUUCCUUUCCACCGUUCUUGAGUAGGUUGGUAACAGUCUGUUUACGUAGAGGCGGUGAGAUAGCCAUUUCCCGCAAGCCGCCGCGGCUCUCCUUCAGGUCUGCAGACAGAGGACUCAGAGACAGUCCGAGUCCAAGAAGGAGGCGCAAAGCUCCCAGCCCACCGGGAGGGUUAGCCCCGCGCAAGGGCCUCGCCCCGCCUCUCCAGGCUUAA